AUGUUUGCAGGCGCGGUGAAGAAGCUGGAGAGGCGACGGGCGGGCGUGCUCGUCACGGCGCACACCUGCCUUCACAAGCCGAUGCGCCUUCCUAGCCUGGUAAUCAAAGCCCUCUACGACUACAAGGCGGACGAUUCAACCCCCGACUCGGGCUACCUCAGCUUUUCACAAGGAGACUUUUUGCACGUCGUCGGCCGCGAAAACGACACCGACUGGUACGAAGCCUGCAACCCGCUGCACGGCACCCGCGGCCUGGUACCUGUCUCAUACUUUGAGGGCGUAGGCAAGACGGUGCGCGACAGCGGCGGCUCAGCACCGCGCUCAGCAACACCGCGCUCAGCAACACCGCGCUCAGCAACACCGCAGCAGACGCAGCACCCGUCGCAGCAGCCCCACGACUCGGGCUACCAGGAGCGCAUCACGAGCCCCAGCAACCCCCUCGACAUGAGCAUGAUGCCCCCCUCGAUGCGCCUGUCGCGCGCCGGCAAACAGGGGGCCAUGGUCUACGGCAUUGUCAUAUACGACUUCAAAGCAGAGCGGCCCGACGAGCUGGAAGCCAAGGAGGGCGAGGCCAUCAUCGUCAUUGCCCAGUCCAACCCCGAAUGGUUCGUCGCAAAGCCGAUAACACGCCUGGGCGGCCCUGGCCUCAUCCCCGUGGCUUUCAUUGAGAUCCGCGACAUGACGACCGGCAAGGCCGUGCCCGACACGCAGGCUGCCGUCACCGCAGCGGGCGUGCCCAAGGUCGAGGAGUGGAAGAAGAUGGCCGCAGACUACAAGAAUGGCAGCAUACCCCUCGGCAAGCUCGAGACAAAUUCCCAGCAAACACUGCAGCAGGGCAUGGAACGCAUGAGCGUGCGGAGCCACACUCCAGCUGACCCCAAACAGAUCUCCCAAUCGCACUCUCGAAACAACUCCCUCGCACAACAGCCGCCGCGAAACCAGUACCGCACUUCGGAUAAUUUGUUAGCGCCAAUCUCAGCAAACGUGCCCCGGUACUGCUUUGCCGACGACAUAUUCUGGUUCAUCAUCGAGUGUCAGAUGGAGGACGGCCGACACUGGGAGCUGCAGCGUCUAUACCAGGACUUCUAUGACCUCCAGAUCCAGCUCAUUGCGACAUACCCGGUCGAGGCUGGCACAAGUGGCUCUGGGGAGCGCACAUUGCCCUUUAUGCCCGGCCCUGUUACCUACGUGACCGACAACAUAUCAAAUGGUCGCCGUGCAAACCUCGAUGAGUACAUCAAAAACCUGCUGAAACUCGGUCACCACAUAACGCAUGGACCGCUAGUAAAAGGCUUCUUUGCUCCCAGGCAGGGUGACUACGAGAUCGACCCAGAUGUCAUAGCCCAGGAAGAAUACAGACUCUCGCAGCAAUCGGCACGGUCUUCAGACCCCUCUCAGGGCACCAGCAGACAGUCCUCUGCCGACCAGCUACAAGCUACCACCCCAGUCACCCCUUAUUCCACCGGGUCAAACUACCCUAAUCAUCAGCGCGGACAGUCUUCCACCUCCCAAGCAUACUCUUCGAACCUCUACCCUCCACCAAUGAACCACCAGCACUCUUCUAGCUCGACCGCAACCACCAAUACCAACGCUGGAACCCACUUGAAAAUCAAAGUGUGGUUCGAGGGAGACGAGUGUAUUAUCAUCCGCAUGCCGCUCUCGGUAAAUUUCGACGACCUCUACAAGAAAGUCAAGGAAAGACGGCAACUGCAACACUCCGAUGACGCCAACCAAGAACUGCAAGUGACCUAUCUCGACAAGGCCGAAAACAAGCACUACCCCAUUGAAAACGACGAAGAUCUAGAGGUGGCGGUCGAGCGAAACAGCAACGGGUUGCAGCUGCGAGUCACGCCUUGGCGCGGGCAAGAAUACUAG